ACCAUCUCGAAGAAACCAUCAUUGAGGAAACAGCAUAUCUAGGUGUCGAUUUACCAGGUAUUAAGCCAUUCAAGAGUACCACCAGGAGCAAAAAGCCGGUAAAGAACCCCGAAUCUCGAUUAGUUAGGUCCUGGUAUAAGAAUCAAGAAAACCUAAUGAUAAUAGAAGUCCUUAAAACGUACCACGACCCAGAAGUACCAGGCAAAGGUCGUUGUGAGGAAUUAAUUAGAGAGAAAGAAGGCCUGAAACAAGAAAAAAAUGCCGAGCCAGGUCCUGAGGUAGAUCUGGUAAAUUUAAUCGAUAGUUAUCUCAAAAUUGUGGAUACUUGGAUAUCGCAACUCGGAAGACUUGAAGACCCCGAAUCUCAGUCUGAAACAAAUAAACCUAAAGAAAUAGGGAUCAGAAAUGCGAAACACGAAGCAAAUGAACCCCAUCAAGAACUCACAAAAGUGAAUCCCGAAGAUGACGAGACGAAAGACCUUGAAAAAGAAGAGGAAAAGCCGAGCAUAAAGCACUCAAACGGGCAUGUAAAACCUGGAUGGAAAAGAUUAAAAACUUUAAAAAUGUUACCAGCAAGUCUGAAGAGAGCCGAAGAAUUUAGAAGGACAAUUAUGAAUAAAAAUCCGUAUGAGCUGAAAAAGCCUGAAAGACAUAAAAUUGCCGAUGACCCCCAAGAGUUAAAUGUGACGAAUAGCCCCCAAACCGAAGAAAAAGUGUGUACACCCAGAUCUAAGAAUAAGAAGAAACCCAUAGAAAACUAUCUAUUGCAAGCUCAAAAGAAGAAAAAUAGGAAAGAAAGAUCAUGGAAGGCCCUGGCCAGAAAAGAAAUAUCACGGCACUCCAAUAAUAAGCUCACGAUCUUAUUCCACGAAGCUCCAACCUCCGAUCCUAUGCGACCUGUGAAUUUUAUACCUGGAAGGUAUAAACUAAGCCAGAAAGUACUCAUAAUGCAG